AUGGCGGUGGUUCCUAAAGAACGAAAGAAGGUCACGGCUCUCCUCGAAGCUGAAGCCCGAAUUCAAGAAAAAUGGGAAAACUCGAAGGCUUUUGAGUGUGAUGCACCUGACAACAAAUCGGAGAAGUACUUGACAACGUUUCCAUAUCCCUAUAUGAACGGUCGUCUUCAUUUGGGGCAUACGUUCACUAUCUCGAAAUGUGAGUUUUCUGUUGGUUAUCAACGCAUGAUUGGAAAGAAGUGCUUAUUUCCCUUUGGUUUUCAUUGCACCGGAAUGCCUAUCAAGGCGUGUGCUGAUAAGCUGAAGCGAGAAAUGGAGGAUUACGGCUUUCCACCCAACUUUCCUACUAUCGAAGAGGAAGAAGUCGUUGAGAAAAAUGCAAUCGACGAGAUUACAAAGGACAAAAGCAAGGGUAAAAAGAGCAAAGCGGUGGCAAAACAAGGAGCUGGAAAGUAUCAAUGGCAGAUCAUGAAGUCAUUGGGAUUAAACGAUGACGAAAUUGUUCAGUUUGCUGAUGCAAAUUAUUGGCUCGAUUAUUUUCCACCACAUUGUAUUGCUGAUUUGAAGAAAAUGGGCUUGAAGGUAGAUUGGAGGCGUUCUUUUAUUACCACUGAUGCGAAUCCUUAUUAUGAUUCGUUUGUGCGAUGGCAAUUUAUGCGGCUUCAUGAGGCCAAGAAGAUCGACUUUGGCAAAAGAUACUCGGUAUACUCUCCCAAAGAUGGGCAGCCUUGUAUGGACCACGAUCGUGCUUCGGGUGAAGGUGUUGGACCCCAAGAGUACACGUUGAUUAAAUUGAAAGUGGUUUCGCCGGUACCAAAGAUCCUGCAGAAGAUUACCGUCCCAAUUUACCUUGUUGCCGCUACACUUCGACCAGAAACAAUGUAUGGCCAAACAAAUUGCUAUUUGCAUCCGGAUAUUGCUUACUCGGCAUUUUAUGCUGGACCCGAAGAAAAUCAUGUCUUUAUUGCGACAGCACGAUCAGCAAGGAAUAUGUCCUACCAAAAUCUCACGGCUAAAUUUGGUGAAAUCAAAUUUGUUGAAGGACUCGAGAAGGUUUUUGGACGCGAUAUAUUGGGAGCUGGUCUAGAGGCACCCUUGGCUCACUAUCCAAAAGUCUAUGCACUGCCUAUGCUUACAAUUAAAGACGAUAAAGGCACGGGUGUUGUGACAUCGGUACCCUCGGAUUCUCCUGAUGAUUUUGCUGCGCUCGGUGACUUGAAAAAGAAAAAGCCUCUACGAGAGAAAUAUGGCAUUACGGAUGAGAUGGUCUUGCCGUUUGAGCCGGUACCGAUUAUAGAAAUUGAAGGACUUGGGAAUUUGGCGGCGAAAGAAAUUUGUGAACGGCUGAAGAUUGAGAGUCAAAACGAGAAAGAUAAGCUUGAGGAAGCCAAGAAAGAAGUUUAUCUCAAGGGAUUUUAUGAUGGGGUGAUGCUAGUUGGUGCCUACAAGGGCGAAAAGACUUCUGUGGCAAAACCAAAGAUUCAAGCAGAAUUGAUCUCAUCUGGGCAAGCGGACAAAUAUGUUGAACCGGAAAAGAAAGUGAUUUCUCGAAGUGGAGAUGAAUGUGUUGUUGCUCUAUGUGAUCAAUGGUAUUUGAAUUACGGAGAGCCAGAGUGGAAAUUGGAAGCCAAAAAAGCACUUGCACAAAUGAAUACCUAUUCGGAUGAGGUUCGAAGAAGCUUUGAGUACACGAUUGAUUGGCUUCACGAAUAUGCAUGCUCAAGAAGUUAUGGCUUAGGAACUCGGCUACCAUGGGACGAGCAAUGGUUGAUUGAAUCUCUCUCCGAUUCAACUAUUUACAAUUCUUACUACUCGGUGGCGCACUUAUUGCAAGGUGGAUCCCUGAAUGGAGCUGUCCCAGGGCCACUUGGCAUCAGCGCGAAGAGCAUGACACCAGAAACUUGGGAUUAUAUCUAUCUUGGACACAAGUACGACGCUUCGAAAAUGCCUGUCUCAGAAGAAAAGCUUAAGGCUUUGCGCAAAGAAUUUUUGUUUUGGUAUCCGAUUGAUAUGCGUGUUUCCGGCAAGGAUCUAGUGACAAACCAUCUUACUUAUUUACUCUUCAUUCACACUGCCAUUUGGAAGGAUCAACCCCAAUUUUGGCCGAAGAGUGUUCGAGCCAACGGACAUUUGUUGAUAAACAAUGAAAAAAUGUCGAAAAGCACCGGGAAUUUCUUGACACUUACGGAAAGUAUUGAGCGUUUUUCUGCCGAUGGUAUGCGCUUUUCAUUGGCCGAUGCUGGGGAUGGUGUCGAAGACGCUAACUUUGUGUUUACAAUGUCUGAUGCUGCAAUUCUGAGGCUUUACAACAUGUUAGAAUGGAUCCAAGAGAUGAUCUCGCUGCGCAAAGAUAAAAGCUUCCGUAAGACGAACGCAAAUCGUUUCUGUGACAAGGUGUUUGCAAACGAAAUGAACAAAUUGGUCAAUGAGACUGCUCAACAUUAUGAGAAAACUAAUUUCAAGGAGGCCUUACUGAGUGGUUUCUUCCAAUAUCAGGCUGCUCGUGAUCAAUAUCGUGAUGUUUGUGGUGGUGAUUUGGAAAUGAAUGAAGAUCUAGUGUUUCGAUUUAUUGAAACGCAAGCAUUGAUUCUGUCUCCAAUUUGCCCGCACAUAGGAGAACAGAUCUGGGAACUCCUUGGAAAGGAAAAAAUGAUCGUAAACGAAUUAUGGCCAAAGACGGAGCCUGUCGAUGAGCAGGUUCUCAAAGAGUGGGCCUUCUUCGAAGAAGCAGUUCGAGGCUUCCGACUCAAGUUAAUAGCUUACAUGAAUCCCAAAAAGAAAGGAGUUCCUCUGCCAGAAGCACCAACAAUCGCAACAAUUUAUGUUGCUAAAGAAUAUCCUGGAUGGCAACGAUCAGUGCUUGAAAUUCUAAACCAGCAAUAUCAGGCCAACAAUAAUCAGCUCCCCGACAACAAAAUAAUUUCUGGAAUCAUUGCCAAGGAUGAAGCUUUGAAAAAGCAUGGAAAGAAAACAAUGCCAUUUGUUCAAAUGAUGCGAGAGCUUUUUGAGAAGAAAGGCGUCUCAGCUUUUGCCAUUCAGUCACCUUUUGAUCAAGCUCAUGUGAUUCAGCAAAAUAUCGAUUAUCUCUUGAACUCGCUCGAUCUUGACAAGAUCUUGAUUCAACACACUGAUGAGGAAGGACUUGACCCAACAAUCGUCGAAGCCGUUUGCCCUGGAUCGCCAUUAAUAGUCUACAUCGCAGAUCCGGAAGGAGUUACUGUUGAAGCGCGUAACGCCGAGAUAUGCAACGGUCUUUUCUCUACCCUUGUUCGAGUGACGGAGGAUGAGACGGUUACUGGCUUGAUCAGAAAAUUGAGAAGAGCUAAUCGAGCUAUUAAACCUCGGUUUGAUAUUAAACUUUAUCGUUUUACCGAUCAAGAACUGGGAGAUCGUUCAAUGGGCGAUUGUAGGAGCCCAUACAAUGGCAAGGACUUGAUUUCAGAAAAUGCUAUUUUUUCAAUUGAUAUUCCGGCUCGUUGUGCUUAUAUAAAGAUUGAUGGGCAAAAGAUUCCAAUCGGACGUUCGAUUGUUUAUCAAGCUUGUCAAAAUGAAUGUGCA